UUUCUAAAAGGCACAAUGUUGUUAAAAAGUGCUGUACUCCUCUUCUCAUUUAUAACAGUUUGCAUCAAGGGGAAUCACGCUUACGCUGUACCCAAAGCCGAGAACGUUAUCAAAGUAAAUUCUUCGGCUCAUAUUGAAAGUUCAACUCGUUAUUCUUUCAUUCUUCUUGGCGCUACGGGCGAUCUUUCGAAACGUAAAAUUUAUCCAGCAUUGUGGAGCCUUUACCAGAACAACCUGUUGCCAAAUAACCUGAGGAUCUUCGGCUACGGAAGGAAGCAGAUGAAAGUCGAACUUCUGAGAAAAAAUGUCGAACCCUAUGUUACGGUAAACUCUACCGAAAAGAAACUUUACGACAAGUUUUGGCAGUUGACCAGCUACGUUCGUGGCACUGAUGGUGGAUUAUCAGACUAUCAAGUACUUAACAAUGCUGUUGAAGCUUACGAAAAGGGCCUGAAGAGCAAUAGAAUAUUCUAUUUGGCUUUACCACCCUCUGUGUUUGCAUCUGCUACUUCCAAUAUCAAGGCAGCAGCUAUGGCUAAACAUGGAUUGACUCGUGUAGUCAUAGAAAAACCAUUUGGCUACGACUUUGAAAGCUCUCAAAAAUUAUCAGAACACCUGGCAAGUGUCUUGACCGAAGAUCAGAUCUACAGAAUUGAUCAUUAUCUUGGUUAUGAAAUGGUGCAAAAUCUCUUUGCACUACGUUUUGGGAAUAGGAUGUUUGAGCCCAUCUUGAACAAGGAAAACGUUGCCGCAGUCAAGGUCAAUUUUGCAGAAGAAAUCGGCGUCCAAGGGAGUGGUAGCUACUUCGAUUCCGUUGGUAUUAUUCGAGAUGUCAUGCAGAACCAUUUGCUUCAAGUGAUGUCAAUCGUCGCUAUGGAGAAACCCAAUUCCAAUCGUGCCGAUGACAUAAGAGAUGCCAAGGUUAAGCUGUUGACUGAUACGCAAGCGAUAAAUGAUGCAAAUGAUGUUGUGCUUGGGCAAUAUGUUGUCAACCCCGCUUCAAACGAUUUUGAAGCGAAAGUGGGUUAUAGAGGUGAACGAACAGUACCAGACGAUUCGGUAACUCCAACUUUCGCUGAAACUGUUCUUCGCGUUAAAAAUCAACGAUGGGAGGGUGUGCCAUUCAUCAUUAGAGCUGGGAAAGCAUUGAAUCAGAAUCAGACGCAAAUCAUAAUACAAUUAAAGAAUGCCAACAAUGCUUUAUUUGAGACGCAACCUAAGCGAAAUGAACUGGUCAUCAAUUUGAAAAAUCCUCAGUCGUUACAAGUUAAACUUACGUCGAAAAUAACUGGUUAUUCUAAUAAUCUUGAAGACAUCACUGUUGAUUAUAAUUACGACAAGGGAAACCGAAGUGCGGUGGCACCCAAACCUUAUGAGCGUUUGCUUCUCGACGUUUUCAAAGGCUGUCAAGUAAAUUUCGUACGCACCGAUGAGCUUCGCGAGGCGUGGAGAAUAUUCACACCCAUUUUUAAUGAAAUCGAUACGAAACAAAUACCACUGGUUGAAUAUAAGUAUGGAUCGGCCGGCCCAGCGGAAGCUGAUGAAUUGGAACAGAAGAAUAAUUUUUUAAGAUAGAUACUCCAUAUAGUUCUUUUAUAAAUUCUCACUCAUAAUCUACGUUCACAUCUUGUUGUCUAUAAAGUAGAAUAUUUAUUAGCUCAAAUAAACUUCAUCAAUAUAUACCUAUUCCGUAAGUUAUUGUGAAAUUAGAAAAGGGCAGAAACGACCAUGCAUAUCAUUAUAUUUCAUGUAGCAUUGAAUAAAUAUAAUCGACCU